CUUCCUAAUAAUUGCUUUUUCUUCUCCUGUCCAGUCUCCACUAGACUGCUCUUGGCAAAUCAUAAUCAAAAAGGAAAAAGAAUCGGAACUCAUAAUUGUUUUGUUCAUUUUGUUAGCCUUGAUUUUCAGAAAAUGAAUCUGUUUGUGGUAAGAUCGGCGAUGCGAAGGCUAAUCAACGGCCGGAGUUAUGUUAGCGGCGGCGCGAGGAGUGCGGUGAUAUUAAGGCCUGCAGUGGGGAUAAGCGCACGAGAGAGCGGCAUGGCGUUUGAAGGCUUUUGGUGGAGGAUGAUGAGCGACUCUGCAUCGAUGGAGAAGGUAUCUCUUCAGAACGACAAGGGAAAAAAGGAGAAUUCUGGUGCGGAGAAAGAGAGGAGUAAGGAGAAUCGAGUAGUUUCGAGUUACUGGGGAGUCUCACAGCCUAAGAUCAUCAGGGAGGACGGCACUGAGUGGCCGUGGAACUGUUUCAUGCCAUGGGAAACAGACCGGGCUGACCUAUCCAUUGAUUUGACUAAGCACCAUGUCCCAAAGAACUUUAUUGAUAAAGUUGCAUACAGAACAGUGAAAAUCCUUCGAGUUCCCACAGAUCUAUUUUUCCAGAGACGGUAUGGAUGCCGUGCUAUGAUGCUGGAAACUGUGGCAGCUGUUCCUGGUAUGGUGGGAGGGAUGCUAUUGCACCUGAGGUCUCUUCGCAAGUUUCAGCAAAGUGGUGGUUGGAUUAAAGCUUUGCUCGAAGAAGCAGAAAAUGAGAGAAUGCACUUGAUGACAAUGGUGGAGCUUGUGCAACCCAAAUGGUAUGAGAGGCUUAUGGUUUUGACUGUGCAAGGAAUAUUCUUUAAUGCCUUCUUUGUUCUCUAUAUACUCUCCCCCAAAUUGGCGCAUAGAAUUGUUGGGUAUUUGGAGGAGGAAGCAAUUCACUCAUAUACAGAAUUUUUAAAGGACAUUAAUAGUGGUGCAAUAAAAAAUGUUCCAGCCCCUGCUAUUGCAAUAGACUAUUGGAGGUUACCUAAAGAUGCUACCCUGAAGGAUGUUGUUACUGUGAUUCGUGCUGAUGAAGCUCACCAUCGGGAUGUCAAUCAUUUUGCUUCUGUAAGUAUUACUCUUUGUUAAGGUCUCAAAUUAUUACUUACUAACUGUGAUUUUAUUUCUAGUUUUUUUCAUCACUAAGCUAAUGAAGAACUGAUCAUAUGAUUAACUUGAUGAGUUCAACAGCCGUGUUGAUCUCAUUAUCAAACAUUUUUUGCAUUUGAAGAUUAGAUGGGCACGUAUAUAUUUUUAAAAUUUCACCAUGGGGAUGGGUACGUUUGGUCUACUUGUAAGUUUUGCUUUUGAUUCUUCCCUCCCCCUUUAUUUUUUCUUUGGUCUGAAAUCAUAAAUUCUCUUCCCUGGUUGCUUGUAUGUCAUAAUAGCAAAAUGCUGUAUAGAUCUCGUUUCAUCUUAAUGACUGUAAUUGGAGUUUUUAUCAUUCUUGUAUGCAGGAUAUUCAUUUUCAGGGAAAGGAAUUGAGAGAGGCACCAGCUCCUCUUGGUUAUCGUUGAAACUAUUUUGAAUGUAGUGAUUCAUGGACAAAUUCACAUAUGAGGGAAACCAAUAGAAUUAAUGAUCUAUUUGUAAAUGUUUUAAACUGUGAUCCGCACUAGGGUGGAUACUUUUGCCGUGUGAUUGUAUGAGUGAAAAUUAGAUGUAGAUUUUUAACUAAUUAUGCCUGAAUUCCAUGAUUUCUACUUUCUAGACAUUUAUUUCGUCUAUUUACUUAUCUUCU